AUGUUCAUUUUGGUGGAACCUGGAUCGCAUGUGCAACAGAAAUCGAAGAAAGACGAAUUAGAUAAAAAUUCUCCACUGAAUUUAGUACACCGAGAAUACGUUAAUGUUUCAAGAAAAAUUUUGGCAAAAGACAUAGUUGGUCCUAAAUUUAGAAGCAAAACUGGAUGCUUGAGAUGUCGGCAGAGAAGAAAGAAGUGCGAUGAAACUCAUCCCGUAUGCAAAGCAUGUAAAAGGAGAAAUGAAAACUGUGUAUGGUCCUCUGAGAAGAUAAAAUCAGUACAAAGGAGGAAACAGAAAGAGGAGGACAAAUCACAGGCUUCAAUCGCCUCUAUAAAAGGAGCAGAAAGUGACUUCGGGCAAAAUGAUGUCUUUCAAGUACUUAACGAAAAUUCUAGUUAUACCGACUCUUCAGACAAAUCACGGUACACAAAUAAAACAGCGCACCAAGUUCUCAAUGACUUAGGCAGAAAAAAUGAUGACACGAAUAAGAGAAUCAUAUGUUUUCAGAAAGCUGAAAGUUCCUCGAUUGGUGUUCCUGAAGGCAAGAUUACACCAAGUGAGAAAACAAGAAGGCAGCAUAGUUCUGUCGAUUACCAGUCCACGCUAGAAGCCUUGUCUUUUAGAGGAGACAAAAUAGUGGAACUUGAGGACUUAAAUUCAAAUUUGGAAGCUAUAGUGAAAGCAUAUGAUGAUGGAGACAAGCUCCAGCGAGCUCAGAAUGAAGAAUAUUUUUUUUCUAAAAUUUUUGAUUAUCGUCAGCCCAGUUCUGCUCCUUCACUAUACUUAGAUGAACGUGGUGUAGUAUUUUUUAAUUAUUUCAAAGAGAACGUUUCCAGCGUGAUAUCAAUCGGGCUUGAGAACUCAAAUUAUCUUUUGAAGACUUUCAUAUCGAUGUCUAUGAGUGAUGAAAGUAUAUUAAAAGCUAUUGCAAGUUGGGGUGGACUAUUUCUUUGCGGCACCUUCGAAAACUCAAAAGCUGAGUCUUACAUGUCAGAUGCGGUAUCUAUUUUGAAGAAAAAAUUUAAGAACAAUCCAAAUUUAAAUAAAUGCGAUGUCAUCACCUUGUUAUGCUUUAAUUUAAUAUCUAUUGGUAUCUACGUAUGUUCGGGCGAUGUGAAGAAGUGGAUUAGAUGCUUUCAUGAUUGUAAAUUGCUUCUCAUGAAGUAUGGUGGGAUCAUUAAGCUAUGCAACGACUUUGAAUACAAUAACGAUAUCCGAUUUUUGCUUUCCAACUUUCAGUACCAUGAUAUCAUGUCAUCUCUGAGCUUUUUAGAAGGCACAAAAAUACCAAUUAAGGAAUACGAAGUAGUUUUUGAUGAUGCGGACCUAUUUUUCCCCACAAAUUAUGGCGUCGAUCCCCUUCAGGGUUGCAAUCAGUCACUUUACUUAGUAUUGGGCCAAAUCGUGAACACAAAAGUCUUUGUAAAUAAGUACAGGAACGAGAUCGAAGAAAAAAUGUACCUUCAACUGCACGAAGCUCUCACAGAAACCGUCGAAGAGAUCGCUUUGCUUAGAAAUGCAUUUUUGGAAUAUGUCAAUUCUGAAGCUCAAAAGUUGGAGGCAAAGAUCAACUCAUGUCAGCCUUACUAUUCUCAACAUUUCAGAAUAGUUGAAAAUGAUUUAGAACAGAAAUUGCAUCAAACAUCUUUUCAGGUAUACAAAAAUGUGUGCAAUUUAUAUUUGAAGAUGUAUGUGAAGGGAAUGCCUCCGAAAACAUAUGAAAUUCAGCAAUUACUUUUACAAACAUUGAAAAUGAUCGAUGAAUUAAUAGACUCUAAAAUGAUUGUCAUCGUAUGUCUCCCCUUGCUUACUGUCGCAAUGGCCGCGUACACCGAAAUAGAUAAAAAAGUUAUUGAGGGUAUGUUUGAAAAAGUAUUAGAACGUUGUCCAGUUGGAAAUGUGCGAAAAGCUAAGAUUAUUGUAGAAGAAUCAUGGAAGAGAAACUUUCAAGGUGAUUUUUCUGUAGAUUGGGCAGAAAUUUGUGAAGAGUUUGGGUGGGAAUUGUGUGUAUGCUGA